AUGCAAUGGCUUGAGUUGAUCCGAAAACUCAACGGCGACGGUAACGUCUUUCGGACUUCUGUAUCGCUGCCACCGCCUGGUGCAGUGAAAAUGCGUUUGUUUGGCGAGCCGCGUACCAAUUGUGCUGGAUUGGUGUGGGAUCGAUCACAAGUUGACCUAUCAGAAGCGUAUAUUUGGCCCAGCGGCUACAUGGCGAAAACAGAGUUUAAUCUAACUCACAAGGGCGAGCUUGUGAAUGGGCGAUCUUCUGCACUGGUGACAAUCGACCGUUUGGUUGAAUGCAAUCGCCGUGGCCUUACAACGAACGCGGAGACUGGAGAACUGCAAGAGGUGGCAGAUGGAGCGACCAUGAAUUUCAACGAAAUCAACUGGCCCUGCAAAGGAACGCGUGGCAUCGUAGCUGUUUUUGUUCGUUCCAUGGAGUUGGGCCGUGUCCUCCAUGCUUUAGGAGUUGUGGCUCUUUUGGACCAUGCCUUGGGCUUGCGACUGCCACUGCUCCUACUGGACUCUGAGCAUCCUGUAUGCCUUUUGGAUAAUAGCAUCCUGGAGGCCUAUCUGCGUCAGGCCCUGCCAACACAUCUGGAGAGGUGGCCAGCGGUUUUAGUUCCUCGCCUGCCUGUGGAUGUUUCAACUAUGCAUUUCUCCGACAUGGAGAAGCUCAAUAUCCAUGCUAUGUAUGGCCUACGCCGCUCCAGCUUAUGGCAGCUGUUUGCAAAGUAUACUGAUGAUCCAGUACGCUUCCAUGAGCUUUUGUCAGCUGGAUUGAAAGCUUGUGUUGCUCUUCGCAAUGUUCCCUCUGCACGUGAAAUCGUUCGAGCUACAUCUCCACUGCUGCUGGGAUUUGGAAAGGAAGAAACAGCUUGCCACGAGCGCCGGCUUAUGACUGAGGUGCUCGUCCUUUCCGAAACUCUUCCUGAUGGUUCAGACGAUCUUCAGGUGGCGCUUGGAGCUGAGGUGAUGCUAAUGGAGUUCCGUUCAGGGCAGACAAAGCGCCGCAUUGACAGAGCAGUUGAAGAGCUCGGUGAAUGGCUCCGUAAGGUGAAUUCACAGUGCACUCUGUGCGACUUCUUCAGCUGGGUCGAGACAUGGAAAAAAGAGCCCACUUCAAGGGUCUCCUCCUUCAUCAAUGGCAAGGCAGUCGCAAAUCGCGCUGACUUCCUGAAGCACCUGAAAAAGCUCAGGGAUGCAGAUGAUGGCGAGUCAUACGUGAGAGAACUCUAUGAAGUUGUUCAAGCGUUGAGAUCUCCGUGUCUCCGUUUUCACAUGCUCCGGGAUGUCCUCGGACUUGACAGACGCUUCUCCCGAAAUGUCCUCCAUGCAAUUGUGUGCUUUGCAUUCGACAUCUUUGUGCCUCGGCCCUCGUCUGCUUUUGAGGUAGACGAGUCCACACGGCUUGAGGCAGAAGAGUCGGGUGGUUUGAUGGGACGACGGCCUUCCAGGGAGAUUUUGGGUGUUGAGACGCCUGAGGACUUCUCGGCAGAUCCUCUGGGCAUUGAGACACGCCUCUUCCGGGCCUUGUACCGUGAAAACCGGAGCCGGAAGUUUUCGUGAGGAGGCUAGGCACCACUUUGAAACGGUACAGAGUUCUCGAAGCGUGGCUUUGAGGCUGGGCUUGCCACCUAGAGGAUUCCAAACAUUUAGACAUUUUUG